CAAGCCCAAGCCCAAGCCCAAGCAUAAACACAGGCACAACGCACUGGCCGCCGUUGUCCCAGGCUCUUCUCUCGAUCCAACCGUCAUAACUUCUCGGACCUGGCAGAGCUGCACACGCUUUGUUUCGCUGCGUGCGUCCCCGGUCUGAACAACCACACUCUCCGCCCCCGCCUCCCUCUCCUUCAUUGUCGCCGUGCGCAUAGUCGCGACCAGCCGGGCUCUCAAACGACAGUAUGGAAGUGGACUCCCCCAUGGGCGGCACCGAGCCUGGCGCCCCCAUGCAGACGGACAAUCAGCACGACGACAGCAUGAACACCACCAUUACGCAGUCGACCAUCCAGGCCGCAAUGCCCGACUACCACUCGGGCCAGUUCAGCGCCUCCCAGCAUUCUCAGACGUCACAACACUCGCACCAUGCCUCUCCGCACGAGAACAACAGACCCCACACCUCAUAUUCCGACACGGGCUUCCAUUCUCGACCGUACAGCCACUCGAUGAGCCAGUCGGACGUGGACAACAACAACACCCCUCCACACCAUUAUCGCUACUCCCAGUCGGGCAAGCCUUCUUCCAGACCCCCGAGCGCCAUGAGUGGGACAAGCCAGGGUGGCUACGCCUACCAGCAAGAGUCGGCGUACGCUGCACAGGAGCAAAACAAGCAGCCAAAGGUGAUCAUAAAAGUCGGCAUGGUCGGCGAUGCGCAGAUCGGAAAGACGAGUUUGAUGGUCAAGUACGUAGAGGGCAGCUGGGAUGAGGACUACAUACAGACCUUGGGAGUCAACUUCAUGGAAAAGACAAUCUCAAUUCGAAACACCGAAGUCACCUUCUCCAUCUGGGAUCUGGGCGGGCAACGCGAGUUCGUCAACAUGCUCCCGCUCGUCUGCAACGAUGCCGUCGCUAUUCUGUUCAUGUUCGACCUAACCCGCAAGAGUACCCUCAACAGCAUCAAGGAGUGGUACAGACAAGGCAGAGGCUUCAACAAGACAGCCAUCCCUUUCCUCGUGGGCACAAAAUACGACACUUUUGUCAGCUUUCCGAGGGAGGAGCAGGAGGAGAUUAGCAAUCAGGCAAAACGAUUUGCGAAGGCUAUGAAGGCGUCCCUCAUCUUUUCCUCUACAUCUCACAGCAUAAAUGUGCAAAAGAUCUUCAAGAUCGUCUUAUCAAAGGCGUUUGACCUGCGCUGCACAAUCCCGGAGAUCGAAAACGUUGGCGAGCCUCUGGUGCUUUAUCAGAGCGUGUGAAACUUUGCCACGGACGACUCUUUCACGCCGCGGGCUAGGUCGCAUUUUCGACAACCAGGGCAAUCAUGAGUCGGGCACAACCAGAGAUCCUGCUGCCCGCCGCGUUCCCGACAGAGAGAGCCUUGCGCUUGCUCACUGAUGCACAAGUUUUUUUGUUUAUGGAGACAUGAGCGGCAUGGAUACACGUCAUGGCGAAACGAGAAAACAUAGCACACGUCUUUUAUGGGAUAAAUGGAUUGACUUAUUCUCGACGCGUAACGUGCUGCUCUCAUUGUAUGUCGCAUCGCACAGCCUUCCACAAGACCGGCGCUAAUCGUGCAAGCUUUUUUUUUUUGUACUUUUAGCGCGCUGCGACACACGCAAAGAAAAUGGGACUGGAGUAGCUAAUUCUAGUCAAUGACGAGCGAAAUGUACUAAUACGACAUCUUCAAGUCUAUCUGGCGCUCCCUAUCUUCAGCAAUCUAAAAAAUUUGUUCCCCGUGC